UCUCCAAGGUGAAAACCCAAGCCACCAGGACGUUCCCGGAAAACUAUCUGGGCAAGUUGAAUUGGUUUCGGAGGCAGGUUGCCGAGGACCAUGGAUAUGCUAUGGAGACGUCAGCUCAUGUUGGCAGCGCUUUAUCGGACCAACCUGCAAGCAGAUGCAAUGUCGAGAGUACUGUGGGAGAAAGGGAGUUGCCAUCUCAAUUGAAUGUCGCAAGUGCCCAGGCAGAAGAAAGAAGGCCUGAAAUUGGUACAUCAACAAUCGCAGGUGGUUUGUUUCCUGUGCAUGGAGAUGGAGGCAUGUCUUCACAGCGUGAAGCCGGAAAUGAAGACAAGGCAAGUGACGACGUGCUUGAAGGCAAUGCUUCUCUGCAGGUGUCGGUGCCUGAUGUCAUACCGAGGGUUCCUCAACCCUCGCCUGCUAUGGAACAUCAGCCGGCCAUCGCUAGCCCGAGAAGGGAACCGGGCAAUCUGGAUGGGGGACAGAACGAUCUGGAUGAGAUGCAACCUGGCCCUUCUAGCUGUGCGAGCGCUCCUCCAUAACUCUGGUUUCCUCCUAGUUUGUUAGUGACCUUGUUGGUCUAUACAUUAUUUCAGACUGUGUUUUGUUUACUGGAGCCAUCGCUUAUGUCUACUAGAUUAUCAACUAUAAGUUCUCGAAUGGAAUGGUUGACAUUGUUAUUGUGUCGCUGCUUGGUUCUAUGCUUAAUAUGAUCAUACCAUUUAUUUUAA